AUGCCGUUCGCUUUCUGUCAGUACACUCGGGAUGAGGAUGCGAAAGCUGCCAUGGAGCAUGGCAAGGGCACUAUGAUUCUUGGUCGUGCCUGCCGGACCGAAAUGGUCAAGGCCAAUCGGACUUUCGUGGCCUACAAGGUCACUAAUGAUGGCAUCACUGCCGAGGAGGUGCGUGCUCUCCUGGCUCAGUACGGGCCUAUGAGCAAGUGUGAGCUCUUGCACCCGCAAUUGCAGGAAGCUCUCGGCAUCCCCCGUGCUGUAGUUGUGGAAUUCGCAAUGUUUGAUCCCUCUCGGGAUCUUCAGUCGGCUUUCCGCCACCAUCAUGUAUGGCGCGUGCAACCAUAUGAUCUGAAGCGCAAUGUUACGACUUCUCGCCCGAACGCUGACGAGUUGUACCUGGCUCGCUAUGAGACAGAUCGUCGCUCGGUCUAUGUGGGGAACAUUUCCCCCGACUUCAAGGAGUCGGAUCUGAAAGCCAUGUUCGGCACCAUUGGGAAGAUCGCUGACUGCCAGAUGGUUCGUCGCCAAGUGAACCCAGACUCUGUCAUGCGUGUCUUUGCGUUCAUUGAGUUCGAGCAGCCGGACCUGCCAGACGUGGCGAUUGAGAAAUUCAAUCAAGUCUCCGUCCGUGGCAUGACUCUGCGUGUUGAGCGUAAAGUCAUGAAGGAGCAGACUCCCACUGCCCGUCGUUCUCGUUCCCAGAUGAUGUCUUACAACUCGCCCACUGACGCUGGACCGAGCUCCUCCCCCUAUGGCCAGUACCCCUCGGCUGCUAUGGCCCAGUCUUCUACUACUCGUCCCCCUAGCUGGAACUGGGUCGCUGGACCUCAGCAGUCUCCGUACGGCGUGCAGGGUGCGGUGCCUCAAGGAAAUCCGCAGACGCCGGGCAUGUACGGCAACUCUCCAUACUAUGCUCCUAACUACUGGCCAACAAUGCCGUAUGGACAAGAGUACAUGAUGCCGACGAUGGGUUUCUACCCGAAUUACACAUCUCCGGUGUAUCAGGCUCUACAGUCUGCUGGUCAAGAAGAGACGAACACGCCCUCCCGCCCAGGUCAUUCCGGUACAGGUCCUUCUCAGCCCAGUGAGAGAUCUCGUGACAAUGCUUAG